AUGGCCGAGGAACAACUGAUGCUCACGGUUCUCGCGCCACCGCACAUCGCCAAGCUGCCUUCGCCGGCGCCCGUGGUGCUCGGUCGGCCGGCUCGUCUCGAGUGCCGCGUGGAGCGGGGAAAUCCCCGAUCGAAAGUCGAGUGGACCAAGGACGGCGAGCUGCUGGACGAGCGCCAGCCGCUGCUGCAGAUCGCCGAUGGCGGAGAGGUGGUGCACGUUGUACGCGCCACGGAGGACACGGAAGGCGCGUACGCCUGCCGCGCCACCAACGCUGCCGGGUCGGACGAGCACACGCUCUUCCUCAGCGUGCUCGUGCCGCCGCGCCUGGUGACCGACAAGAAGCAGCGCGUCUGGCGUCUGUCCCAGGGAAGCGACGUUCAGAUGGAGUGCUUCGUGUUCGGGCGCCCAACCCCUCGUAUCAUCUGGUACAAGGACAACCAGGAAGUGACGGAGAAGCCGGGCCGCGUGAGCCUGCUGCAGGACGGCCAGACACUGUACGUGACCCGGGUCUCGAGGCACGAGGCUGGCCGCUACGCGUGUGCAGCCGAGAACGUUGCCGGAAACGUCACCGCAGAGUUCGAGGUGCACGUCCACAGUCCCCCCGAGAUUGAAGGAGACUCGGCUGAGACCGAGUCAUCGAGCACCCAACUGGGAGCGUCGCUGGAGUUGUCCUGCGUUGCCACGGGAGAUCCUGAGCCCGUGGUCGCUUGGGUCCGCGAGGGUGUCGCGUCGCAGCAGCUUUUCUCGACGGCCCCGUCUUCCGGUGUCCCCACCGCCGCGGACCCCUUGGUCAGGGUCCACGGUCAUGGACCACGCGCCACGCUCGAAUUUAAGCGGGUGCGAGCCUCGGAUGCCGGCAAUUACACCUGUGUCGCCACCAGUUCGGCGGGAGUUGCGCAGAAGCGUUUCCUCGUUGACGUGUCCGUGCCAGCAUCCAUAACGAAGCCCAGCGAAAAAGGGCGCGAACUGAGCGUCGCCCUAGGAGAGAGUGCGAAGCUCGAGUGCCGAGUCACCGGUUCCCCGGAGCCCUCGCUUCGCUGGAUGAAAGACGGCGCACCGCUCUUCGCCAACGACCUCCAAGAUUCGCGCUUUACCUUCCUCUCAGGUGGACAAACUUUGCUUGUACAAGUUGCCACGGCUUCCGACGCUGGUGUCUACGAAUGUGAAGCGUCUAAUCCUGAAGGCAGCGACGAGCUUCAAUAUGUUCUGUCUGUUAUUGAGCCACCGGACUUCGGCGCCAAGACGGGCACCACCGACGUGCUGAUGGCGAGGCAGGGCGACGACGUGGUCGUCCGCUGUCCGUUCCUCACCAAGGACGGGCAGCUGCGGUCGGCAGUGUCCACCAACUGGCGCCUGGAUGGCCGCUCGCUGGCGCCGGACCGGCUUCCCGCAAACCUGGCUCUGCCCACGGCAGACGAACUCCGGGUGAGCCACGUUCAGCCCGAGGAUGCCGGCUACUACACGUGCACGGCCACCAACGCGGCGGGUGAAGCCAGCUUCACCACUUUCCUGGACGUCCUGGUGCCGCCUUAUUUUGAGGAGCCAGACGCGGAGGAGGUCUUCGUCGUGGAAAGCGGCAGCGUGACGCUGGAGUGUUUUCCUCGCGGAAUCCCCGAACCAGUCGUCUCUUGGUCGCUGUACGAAAACAAGGCGAGUGCCAGGCUCACCAUGUCUCCCGACUAUAACUAA